CGCGCCAUCACUUUAUCCUUUCCAUCUCCAAAGCCAACUAGAUCUGUCUCUAGAUGAUCUAAGAAAUCUGCCGCUGAUGGUAUAACACGCGCCGAUUCCUCGCUGCAUCUUCGAGCGUCAUGCCCCCGAAGCGAAAGCGAUUCGAACGACCACCAGGCGACGGAGGCAGGCCAUCACCACACAACCCAGGCGACUCCGAAAUCGCGCAUCACGAACGAGACGACAGCAUGAACCACAUGAACCAAGGCCGGGGCCGAGGGCGAGGCGGGCAUCGAAACGCCAACCGACGGGACUCGUCGCGUGGCCACAACAUACGGGGUGCUCACAACUAUCAGCAGCACCAGCAAAAUCAGCAAAACCAACAGAAUCUGCAGAAUCCGCAGAAUCAGCCUCAAGUUGCGCGAAGACCCAGCACGUCCUCCUCCCAGCAGACGCCACAACAGUCUCCAGCAGCUCCAAGAGCACCCAGUUCUCCUCCUGUGUCUAAGCAACCACCGCCACCACCCGCCUUUGCGAAACCUCCUCCCACUCCGCUCCCGCCGACCAAUAACUCUGCCGAGUCCAUAUCGGAAAACGGCACGCCAUCUAGAUCCAAUUAUCGCUAUGAUAAUCUCACAGAGGAAAAGAUCCGAUCAUGGGCAGAGCGCGGGCGAGAGGAAAUCGUACAACAUGGUGUGCAAUCACGAGAAGAUGUUGACAUCACAGAACUGUCUAGCCUGUUCCAGGAAUUCAUUCACGCUGUUGUUGAGGGCAGGCUGGAUGCAACUGAUGCUGGAAAAUGUGUCAAAGAGAUCUUGGGAGAUGAAGCGACAGAGAUAAAUAAGGAUUCCUACGUCGCCCCCCAUACGCUACUUCUUGACUCGCUAGCCAUUGUCAUGGACAAUGAGCCUGAUCUAUACCGCCCGUCUCUUCGCGACUUUUUGAUUGCCACCGAGGUGUCUCCUGCCCUGAUGCGGCAAGUGCUCGAUGCGCCUUUGCUUCAGCAGCUCGGGCUUAUCCGGGAUACAUUUGCCCGGCUCGGUGUAAGGCAGGCGACAAACCUACUCUACCGGCAAGCAAACUAUAACCUCCUACGCGAAGAGACAGAGGGUUACUCGAAGCUCGUCACUGAGCUCUUCACUACUAGCAGUAUACCAUCACCCGCUCCCGAACUUGCAGAGCAGACGUUUGAGAGGGUAAAGGCUUUGAUCGGAACCUUCGAUUUGGACGUUGGACGAGUACUUGACGUCACUCUUGACGUCGCUGCCGCCGUUCUUAUCAAACAAUUUAAAUUUUUCGUCAAAUUUCUGCGCAUCAGCUCUUGGUGGCCGCGCUCGCAUCUCAUACUUAGCUCUUCGGUCUAUACGGGCGGCCUACCAACAUGGGCUCAGCCAGAUUAUCUUUACUGGAAUACUACUGAAGAAGACGAGGAACUCAAUGCACAACAGAGACUGGCUCGAGAUACUGCUUUCUGGGCCCGAGCGCGCGAAGUCCACUUGGCAGCAUUUUUCGAACUGGGUGGCAGAGAGCCAUCAAACUUGGCUUCCUACCGACCAAAGCUCACCAAUGGCAACAGCAGCGAAUCGACUACCGAAGUUGAGCGCCAAUGGAUAGAAGAGACCAAGACUCUCCCACCUCCAGGCAAUAAGGUUGCUGCGCAGCUCUUGGGAUUCAAGUUGCUCUUCUAUAACAGUGAGCUUCGGGAUAAACUCGAUGUGCUCCCCGCCAAUCUGCUCUAUCUAGCCGCGCUUCUUAUCAAGGUCGGCUUCAUCUCACUCACCGACCUCUACCCUCAUCUAUCACCCUCCGAUGAAAACAUGGAGCAUGUCCGCGAAGAGCAAGCCAAAGUAAUAGAGCAGGAAGAGAAGGCGUCGCGAGGUGGCCCGAUGAAUGCUUUACUCAUGGCGGGUGUUCUUCCUCAGGGCGAUGACGAUAAUCCCACGCCAACCAACACUAUCAGGCGAGAGCCGAUGAAGAAAGUAGAACCUGAGCAAAAGGCAUCCGGCAGUGCAGAAGCUACUGAAGACUCUAAGAACCUUCCGGAGCCAUUGGAACAAAAAGUGAGGCUACUUGUUCAACUUUUGACAAUCGGCGCCAUUCCAGAGUCACUGUUCAUUCUUGGAAAGUUUCCGUGGGUUCCAGAGCUAUUCCCAGAAGUCCUUUCUCGAAUUCACCGUAUAUUACACGUCUCUCUGGAAAAAGUCUUCAACGACAGCCGCCCAAAACCCUUCAACGGAGCCGACGUCGACUGCCCAACCAAGGAAAUAUUCUCUGCAGAUCAGAGUGGCGUCGCAAAGGGGAGUGUUCGGCUUACCCGACUACCAGUUAAGAAGAUCUGGCGAUGGCCAUAUCCGGAUAAAUGGGAUACUAACGAGAGCCAAAAUUACCGAUUCUACUGGGAUGAAUGGGCGGAUAACAUUCCGGUCUGUCAGACUGUGGAUGACGUCUUCACUUUAUGCAACACCUUCCUCAACAUUUCUGGUGUAAGCAUUGGCAAGGAUGAAACUCUUCUCUCCAAGCUGGCUAGCAUUGGAAAUAAAAGUUUGAGUGAGGAUACAUCUGAGUCUAACUUUGCUCGAUGGCAUGACCUUCUUCGCAGGCUCCUAGUGCCGGCCCUCAGCCAUACAAAAGCCAAUGUAUCCGUUGUCAACGCUGUUUGGGACAUGCUCCGCAGGUAUCCACUGACUACACGAUACUCCAUAUACGCAGAAUGGUUUGAGGGGCAGAUAUCUCGCUUACCCGCCAUGCGUUCAGCGUUUGCUCGUGCUACUGCAGAGACACGAGGAACUAUGAAGCGUGUGUCGCUUACAAACAUAAGUGAAAUGGCUAAGCAACUGGCCAAAACAAGUUAUUCUUCCCCUGGAGUUGUCUUUCGGGUUGCAUUUGAACAACUUGAAUCUUACCCCAACCUGAUAGAAGGGUUUGUCGAAUGUGCCAAAUAUUUUACCGACCUUUCCUACGACGUCCUCGUCUGGUCUUUGAUGAACUCCCUUGGCAAAUCUCGAAGUCGCACACAGGCCGACCAUGCACUUACAACCAGCAAAUGGCUCCAAGCCCUGUCAAGGUUCUCGGGUAAAAUUUUCAAGCGCUACUCGGCCAUCAAUCCCAUUCCUGUCCUUCAAUACGUCAAUGAUCAGCUUCAACGAGGUAAUUCAACCGAUUUGAUCAUUCUGAAGGAAUUUAUCACGUCUAUGGGCGGCAUUGUCGACUCAGUAGACUUUACCGAUGCUCAGGUUCUGUCCAUGGCCGGUGGAGAACGACUGCGUCGCCAUACAUUGAUUCGAGGCCAAGACAAGCGUUUUGACAGUGUUAAGAGCUCCAAGAGGCUUAUACUAGCCCUCACCGAAUCAAAGCUCGCUGCCCGUCUGCUCCUUAAUCUCGCACAGUAUCGCCAGUCAGCCAUAUAUCAAGUCCCCGAAGAUGAAGCCCAUAUCAAAUACUUGUCCGCCCUCAUAGACGACUCUCACCAGAUUCUCAUACAGUAUCUUGAUUUUAUCUGGAGCAACCUUGAUCCUUCAGCGUUUGAUGCCUUGGUUCCCUCAAUUAAUGAAUUGAUUGGUUCAUAUGGAUUGGACACCAGCAUUGCCUUCUUGAUUGGCAGAUCUAGCCUCUCACACCGACUUUAUCCUUGGGGUCAGAGGGAAGCGGAAAAUACAAAAGAGAACCCACAGUCUACACAGCGGGAAGCUACUGACAAGGAGGGAGAUGUUCCUAUGAGCGACGAAUCCAAAGACAAGUCGGGUCUGGCAGCCUCCGCAAAUGAUGAACAGGUGGGAAAUGAUGACGCCUCCCCUGGCCCACGUGCGACAACUGAUGUGAAGUACAAACAGAAACUCGACGAUGUGUCAUUGACACUUACCCCUCUACAGCCUAUAGUUGAAGUUGUGAAAGAGACCGUGCGACCAGAAGUCUGGCAAAAGAUGAACCCGGAACUCUAUUCUAUUUUCUGGGCUCUACAGCUCGGCGACCUCUUUUGUCCUGAAGACAUGUACAAAGAGGAGAAGGAUCGACUCGAGAGUGAAGGCCAAGCUAUUCUUAGAGAUCGUUCGGACAUGUCCCGCAGAGGCCAAGAGCGAAAGAAUGAAAAGAGACAGGAACUCUUGAAACAGCAGCUCAGCCUCUCUAUGGAGCUCAAGGAACACCGCCAACGAAAAACCAAAUGGAUGGAAUGCUUAGCCGAGCAGUUCCAGUCUAUAUGCCCCGACCCUAAAAUCAAGACUGACAGCCUCUCCGAUAUUUUACUAGAGCAAUGUUUCCUCCCCAGAGCUCUGUUGUCCCCAGCAGACACCGAGUACACGUAUAAGUUUAUCAUUGCACUACACGAACUGAGAGCGCCAAACUUCAAGCUCAUGUCGCUUUAUGACCGACUCUUCAACGCCAACCGGUUGCGAUCGCUAAUCUUCACCAGCUCUGUCAGAGAGGCUGAAUAUCUUGGGAGAUUUAUCAACUUGAUACUCCGAGAUCUAUCCAGAUGGCACAAGAACGAGACGACUGAGAAAGGUAGACACAACAAAGAUCAGCCUCGUUUAGGCGCGUAUGAUAAGGAAGGCAAGGGGCCUAGCGACCGGCCAUAUCUUGGAUUCGCUGUCAGUCUCAAGGAGGACGGGGAACCGGAUACUUUGAUGGAGCAUGCUCAGUUCAAAGAUCUCUUGUUCCGUUGGCAUAAGAACUUGAAUACGGCACUGAAAAGUUGUUUGGCCGGGACGGAGUGGAUGCACAUCAGAAAUGCCAUUACCGUUCUCAAAGCUGUCUUGGAUUAUUUCCCUGCCAUCGAUUUUAUGGCCACCCAAUUUACGACGCAGCUUCAAAAGAUUACCAAACAAGAAGCUGCGCCCAAGGCAUCGGCUGAUAGCGAGGAAGGCCACAGAGUGGAUUUAUCGGUUGCCGCUCAAGGUGCCAUGUCCGAGUUGCAAAAGAGGAAAUCGAGAUGGGUCAUGGUUCAAGCUUUCAGGCCCAAUGCGGGCGGCGGCUCUCAAUCGGAAGUUGACAAAUCGGCAUCAGCCGCAUCGAACCUACGUGCUACGGCUACAGACUUCCAGUCACAAACGAGGUCACCAGCAAAUAGGCAGUCUACGGCUGAAAGAGAAGAUGGAGAAGUCCAGGACGGGAAAUCCCAGCCUGGUUCCGCCAUGCAGAAGGAUUCUCUACCGGCCAAGCCUUCUGGCUCCAUGAGAGACGUUUCAAUGACUCGGGACGACGCUUCUGGGCUUCCUCGAUCGUCCACUCCAAUGGCCGGUCAAGGUGGUGCGGGCGCCUUUGGGCCUAGAAAUGAUCCUCGCUCCCACGCGCUACCUGACAGGCCGGCACACAAUCUCCCUACACGGCCAGAUGUUCCUAUACCGAGUCAUUUCACGCAAGACCGAUAUACUCAGAAUCGCGGUCAUGAUCGUCGGGAAAUGAGAGACUCUAGAGAAAACCAUAGGCAGCGCGAUGGGCGGGAGCCGCGAGAGAACUGGGAUGGCCGUGAUGCUAGAGAAGGCAAAGAACAUCGUGACGCGAGGGAACCUCGGGAGCCUCGAAGCCUCGAAUCAGAUCGACCGGACCGCUCUCGCGAAUACAUAGACCGGCGCGGAAACGAAACAAUGCCCCGGGAUGCUGGCCCAACUGACCUCCCACCUCGCCCAAGGCAGCAAGAGCGCGAGUGGGGAUCAAGAGACUCUUGGGCUAAUAGAUCUCAAGAUCGACUGAAUGACUUGCCAUCUCAGCUGCCAACGGCUCCUUCUGGCCCGGCUGAUGCGUCUGAGCCGGCCAUGAAUCCUCAAAGGGCCGCGUUGUUUGCUCAGGAUGAAGUGGAUCGAACUCGACGAGGUCCAGAGCAAGAUCGGGGCCCGCGCUCUCGAAGACCAGGGCCACAAGAUUCAAUAGAAUCAAUCAACCCUGAGCGAGCUGCAUUGAUCGACGACCGCGACGACGGUACGCACGGGCGUGAUGGACGCGAGAGAGGCCCUCGAGUCCAGUCACCUCGGCGAAGUGGACGAUACGGACACGAACAUGGUCCUCCGUCUGGGCCAUACGAAGACAGACACGGGCACAACUUUCAGCCAGAUAAUCGACAAGCUGGAAGAAAUGCUCGUGGCCGCUCACCAGCUGGCGGUGAAAACUACCGUAGCAAUAAGGGGAUGGAUCGCGACGGAGAUCGAGCCCACAUGGACAAGAUGCGAGAUGCGCCAUCUUCAGGAUUCCAUAGAUCUGCGCUCGGACAGGAAGCUGAUCAUAGGCCGCCACCUUAUCAAGAUCAAAACUACGGACGGCUGAACCCAGUGCCUACGAAUACCCCGGAUAUCCCGCUGGGACCGCGGGGACGGGGGCGAGGUGCUUCCAGAAAUAAUCAACAAGGCGGGCCACCGGCGAUGUCAAACCGGCCCGACAAUCGAUAUGGAGCCCCCGACGCGCCUAGAGCACCAUCACAGGAACGACAUCCUCCUUCGGGUCCCGCAUCUGGACGUAAUCGCCGUGGCGGCUAUGAGCACAAUAACAAUGUACCAUCUGCUCCCUCGGGCACUCCUGCCGGGCCACACGCUGAUAGAAUGAGAAACUUUGGCGGCGGCGGCAGUGGUGGCGGUGGUGCACAGGACAAUCCACCCUCUUCCCAAGGUAGCAACACGGCUACUGCACCUGGAGUGCAUCCCGAUCGACUUGCUCAAAUGGGUGCCUCCUCCUUACCCAACGCCCCCCCUCCACCUCCUCCACCACCAGGGCCUCCUCCAUACGGCCAUGGACAACAUGGACACAGUCACAACCGCCAUUCAAUGUCUUCAUCCGGAAACCCUGAGAGGUCGGGACCUAGGAUGUCUACGGGCUCUCUUCCACUGGAGCCUAACGUGCCCACGGGCCCUGCAUCUGGUGGUGACAGACCGUCCAGGUCGGGCGGUGGACGAAGACAGCUGGCAGGCAUCAACAAUAUGCUCCAGCAAGCCCAGGCUUCCAUGCCGAACGAAGGACGACCCACUGGUCCUCGCUCUAACCCUCCCCGACAAAUGCUCGGUCAUUCUGACAUUCAAGUUUUGGCGGGUGGGGAUAUGGCCCCUCCAACGCCGGAUCGCCCAGAAGCACAAUGGCAUGACUCGUCUCCUCGAGGUGGCACGUUGAACGGAGAAGAGGCAUCAGGACGGGGUGAGCAUGAACGGGGUCGACGAGAUCGCGAUGGCCGAACGGAUCGUUCCAAGCGGCCGUCUCGCCGUAGCAGCCGGGAACGAGAGAGGGGCGAAGGCAAAGAGCACAGCGAGCACCGAGAAAGACGAUCAGCUGGCGGCGUUGAAGGUGGAACUCGCGAAGAUAGAGACAAUCGCAGGUCGACUCGAGACGGUAGCUCUCGGGAUGCGGCAGCGGCAACGCCGAGCAGCGGCCGAGAGUCACGGCAUAGGAACGAUGGUGGGGCAGGAAACAGAGGCGGAGAUGAAAGAAGCGGUAAUAGAGCCAACCGAGGAAACCAGAGAGACGGAACACAGCGUACGGAGGAGCAGCGGAGGGAACAUAGGGAUGACCGAGGACGCAAGAGGAGAGGCGACGAAGCCGACGGGGCCUUGCUAAGCGAUCGUGAGAAGAGGGCGCGACGAUAGCCCGAGGGAAAAAAAAAAAAAAAAAAGAGAUCGAUUUUUGUCAAGCGUUGGUACGACGGUUCUAGCCAAAUUAUUUGCUUUUUGGUUAAUCGGAGCCUUUUGCUAUCAUGCCGCGCUGCAGUACAUUUUUUAUAUUUUUGUCAGACGCGGAAUUUGAUAUCAUUCUGUACACUACAAUUUUCUGUUUUUUUCCCUACUUAUUCAUGUUUUGCCUUUGCGACAGUCUCUACGA